AUAUCUAUGACUUAAUCAGCUCGAGAGGUUUAUAUGCCCCAAUGUCUGCAUCAGUCUACACGUAGUCUCGCGUAGCCAGCCAUGUUUAGGCAACAACUGCUUCUUCUUCUUCUCUUCUUUAAUGUGGCAAGGACUCAGAGCUCCUACCUUAACUGUAGCAUAGCCACGGGAUAUCCUCUUCGUUUCGUUGGAUUCUUUCCCUGUCUCAACCAAUGGGAUGAAGUAGGAGACUGUGAUAGGCUAACCCUCACUGCAGUGGAAAGAGCUAUAGCAGAAAUCAAUCAAGACACCAACAUAUUGAGAUGCUUUAAAAUAGAAAUGCUCCCCAUUACUGUGAAGAAUCCAGCGCAGAAUCCAACUGAAUUAAUUGAAUUUCUGUAUAAGAAGCACAACAAUCUGCCUAUUCAUGGUGUUAUUGGACCUUAUCAUCCUGAAAGUGCUAAGAUGUUUGCUUAUAUUUUUGGACAUUAUCUGAGUACAUUACAGAUUUCUUAUUCAGUGACUAGUGUACUUGAUGCUAAUGAAAGAUAUCCUUAUUUUCACACUACGAUUCCAAAUGAUGAGUACUACAGUGUUGUUACAGGUAAGCUGCUGGACCGCUUUAAUUGGCAGAAAGUGGCCAUUAUAUCAACAUUUGAUGAAGAAAGUGUAUUGGCCUCACAAUCAAUAUUUAAAAGACUUAAGCUUGACAAGAAACGUGUUCAUUAUUUUGACUCUUUUAUAAACUCUGCUGAAAGUAUUUUUAACUUAACAAAGGAGGAUGAUUUUACAAUAUUUCUUGCCAUCAUGGACCCAAGGACAGCCAGAAAUUUACUUUGCCAGGCUUAUCAUGCUGGUCUUACUACUGAUAAAUAUGCAUGGAUAUUGCGUGGCAUGACUAAUCCUAAUUGGUGGAGAGUAGGAGAUGUAAAUGGAACUGAUUGUACUAACAAUGAAAUGAAGGAAGCCCUUGAAUCAGCUCUGUUUGUUGACAUGCAAUCGUCUACUCUGCCAAAGAUGAACUAUGAAGAAAGAAGCAUUAUAUUGGGAAUUUUAAACAGCAAUGGGUCACUAACAGAGGCUGAGUUUUAUUCUCUCUUACAUUCAAAAGUAUUCAAUGCUUAUGAUGCUGCUAGAAUACUUGCUCUAACGUGGAACGUGACCAUUAAUAAUUAUACCACAGAGGAAUUACAUAAUCUUCUAAAUCAAUCCUGGAAGAUUUCAAAUGAAGAGAGACUCAGUCUAGUGGAAACACUUCAAUACAAUUUAUUCAAUGUUGUCAGCCCAUAUACUGGAUUGGCUGGAUCAUAUCAUUUCGAUAAAAAUCGAGGAAAAGUGGAAUCAGCCAUUGUAACUCAAUUUACAGGUGGAAAAGAGUGCAUCAUAGGCUAUUAUGACUCAACUAACAGCACUAACUUGCAGGAAUGUGACACUGAGUUUUGCUGUAAUGUGACAUGGAAAGGAGGUAAUCAACCAAUGGAUGGAUUGUGUCCUAAUGGCUCAUGCACUUGCAGGCAACCUUUUGAUAGCAGCAUAAUGACAUCUUACAUUUCUAUAACAGUGCUCUUAAGCAUUGGAGUUGUAAUCAGUAUGCUCCUACAGAUUUAUAAUUAUCGAUUGAGAAAUAACAAAUAUUUUAAAGGGUCAUCACCUAUUCUAAAUGCUAUCAUUACAUUUGGCUGUACAAUGGGAUAUGCUAAUGGUUACUUGUUUCUUGUUAAUAAUUACAUAGGAAUGACUGGUAAUGGAAAACUAAAAACAAUAUGCAAUAUUACAAUGUCAUCAUUCUGGCUCUCACAGUUACUGAUCAACUCUACCAUAUUAGUGAAAAACUGGAGAAUUUUCAGAAUAUUUCACAACCCAUUACAAAAAAAUAGAAAUAAUCUAUCAAACACCAAGUUAGUUGUUGGAAUAGGUCUCAUUUCUGCUCCUUUCAUUGUAUUGCUGAUAUUAAUUCAACUAAUACGACCUUUAGAAGUGCGUCAAGCUUCUUUUAAAACCCACUGUCCUGGCUAUCCUAAUAACACAGAAACAUCACUCAUAGAAGAUCAUUGCAUUGAGCUGCUACAAUUUGGAUGGGAUGUUUUGAUUUUUUCAUACAUGGUUUUUCUUUUAAUCAUAAUCAUAAUCCUGGGAUCUUUCAAUUGUCGUAUAAAAGGGCAUUUUAAUAAAGAGGGGGAACUGGCCAUUCUUGCAGGAGCUAUGACUCUAUUGCUAUAUCCUCUUUAUGUUGGAGUUGCUGUUGCAUUGCAAUGGUCUGAUGCUGGCGACAUUGAGUUUGUAAUGAGUCAAUACCAGAUGUUUUGUACUGUUACAUUCAUAUUGGCUUAUAAUUCUUUCUUUUUGGCUGUCUUGUAUGGAUCUAAGGCCAUCCUGCUAUGUAGAGACAAAAAGGUAAAAUCAGUGAAAAGAAAAUCAACUUUAAGAAAGAAGUUUAGUGACUUACAUGAUGAAAUUUUUGAGCUGACAGGACAACUGAAAAAGAUGAAUGAUAGCAGUGGAACUUUUAAUCCCUUUGAAGCUAAAUAAUUUUACUAUUUUUCCUGUGUUGUUGCUCAUAUUUGAUCAAAAAUAUCUUUUUAACA